UUGAGAACUUCUUUUCCAGAUCGAUCUCUACGUGCCAAUCAUGUCUAUACUCCAGUUUAUCUUCUUCGUGGGCUGGAUGAAGGUUGCUUGGUGAAGAACGACGAUGAUUUCGAAUGCAAUUACAUUCUAGACCGUAAUUUGCAGGUUGGACUCAACGUCGUCGAUGAGGCGUACGACACUUACCCCGCAUUGGUUCGCGAUAGUUUCUGGGAAGACAGCUUGCCAGAACCACUGUACACGGCCGAGAGUGCUCAGCGGCCAAUCAAUCCACAAGUCGGCAGCUGCGUUGAAUUGACUACCCACGAGGAUCCUUUUAUGAUUCAUCCUCGACGGCGAACAUUCUCGCGAGCAUCCCACUGGGAUGGCGAGUUAGAAGACGAUGACAAAGUGCCAGUAGUCGGUGCUGACCAACCCAAAGACAACAGGUGA